GUAUCUGUUUCCGGCAACAUGGCAGCCUUCUUGUCCUCGCAGAGUUGCCGUCAGAAUCGGUAACCGACGAUGAGCACGCGGGGAAGCCACACACGGGCAGCCGGUCAGUAAUGCGAGUCUCUGGAAAAUGAUAACGACGCGUUUGGGUCGGAUUUCUGUUCCGUUGUUUUACAAAGCAGCGAACAUUUCUGAGCGCUGCGCGGGUGUGUGUCGGCUCGCGCCCGCAAUAUGGCGCAUCGGGCAGCCACCUUCCACGGUGAACGUAGGGCUCACACAGCCUCGGCUUAGUGGCUGGUGGCUCUUCAAAUAUAUAUGGACGGACUGCCGGGGCACGGGCUUAAGCUGGAGCAUCCAGCGUCUGAAACAUUCCGGACUCCCGCAAGUUUCCGUGCUCGUGCACCGAAGAGGUCUUGGAAGGUCAGUGGCCGGGUUGAGGCCGCUGUUGCUGCCCGGAGCUCGAGGACUUAGCAGCAGAAAGACCGAGGAGGCGCCUGAUAAAUCAGCAGCAGCGGGCGGGGACACGGUUCCAGGAGACGGACUGUUCAAAUUCAAAGAGCUGUAUGAGAACCCAUGGACAGUCCCCAACCUGCUGUGUGUGUGCCGGAUUCUGCUGGCUCCUUAUCUGGGUUAUCUGAUUACCCAGCAGCACUUUGACCUCAGCCUGGCUCUGUUCGCUCUGGCUGGAGCCACUGACCUGCUGGAUGGUCUCAUUGCUAGAACCUGGCCCACUCAGAAGUCUGCUCUGGGCAGCGCUCUUGAUCCUCUGGCUGACAAGAUUCUCAUCAGUGUUUUAUAUGUGAGUCUCACCUACGCCGAACUUAUCCCAGCUCCGCUGACAGCUCUAGUGAUUUUUAGAGACAUUGGAUUGAUCGCUGCUGUCUUCUGGGUCAGAUACAAGACUGUACCUCCACCGGUGACCCUUAGUAAGUUUUUUAACCCCUGCUACACUACAGCCCAGCUAAAACCCACCCUCUUCAGCAAGAUCAACACAGCCAUCCAGCUGUUCCUGGUUGCCGCCUCUCUGACUGCUCCGGUCUUCCAGUUCACCGACAGCGUCCUGCUGCAGUGCUUAUGGUAUAUUACAGCGGUGACCACUGCAGCAUCAGGAUACAGCUACUGGCAUUAUGGCCGGAAAACUGUUCAGGUGUUGAACACCAGAUCCCCAUGAUCCUGCUCCUGGACACCCAUAGGAAUCUAAACAAAAGACUAGAAGCAGCUUUGCAGGAACACUCAUCAGCCGGAGCAAAUGUAGAACGGACAGGCAGAUGGACCAUCGCCAGGAGCUCUGAAGACAAGUAGCUGUGACAAGCCUUCAUGGGUCACCAUAGCAAUGACGCACGGAAAACAACCGAAGCCACAGAUGGUUAUCACAGAGAUACUGAAACAGCAGCUCUGCCACCGGGCACGUCCAGAGCCAUGUGCACAGAGAAAAACUGCAAACAAAUCAAAAUAGACCCUCCUUCCACACCAUGAAGUGAUUUGGCAAGAGAUUCUAUGUUAUUCUUCCUGUUCUUUCUUUCAGUCAGCAAGAAUGCAACGUCAACUAAAUGAUCGUCUCAUCAACGUCACUUUUGUUAGCCAAUGAUUUGUGAUAAAAAAAAAAAAAGAAAAUCUGC